GUUUCUUUUCUUUACUGCUAUAAUAAUCAUCAGAUGUUGUUUUGGUGGCUUUAAUUCUAUUAGUCAGCCUUUGGAGUGUAGGACAGCUGGAGGAUCAGGUGGCACUCAGGUAAAAAGCUGUAACACUACACUGCGAGUUUGUAUUCAACACUGGUUAAGUGUUACCUGCUACCUCCUACCUCCUACGUGCUACCUGUACACCUUCAGUCUCACCAGAACACACGGAUCAUCCACCGAACGCAGACUGGGAACCAUCAGGAUUAUGAGAAGCAUGUUGAUUCAUGGUUUCUUGUCAGGUGAGAAGAUUUCGCUGCAUGGUGAUGAAUUGGAAAGAACGACUGCUGUAAAGAAGAAGGUCCAAGAUCUUGGGGAUGUGAGAGCUGCAACACUGUGUGACCCAGUCAACCAAAUGAGAAAACCAUGAGAAGUGUCCUCCUGCUACUGAUGGUGUCAGUAACGCAAGUUCAGCUUUCCUCUCAUUCGCUCUGCCCGGAUUCCUGCAUUGUGUGUUCGAAUGACGCCAUCAUCUGCAGUAAGAUCUCCAUGAUCAUAGAGGCUCCGGAUUCAACCAAAGCCUUGAUGCUCACCGACGGAUUCAUCGACACUGUGGAUCACAUCGCGAUCUCUGAUUUAUCCAACAUGAGUGUUUUGGUACUCAGCAACAACAUCAUCUCGACCAUCGUAGGGAACGCUUUUCAAAACCUAACUGUCCUCAGAACCCUAUCUUUGGACCAUAACCUUCUCUCCAGCCCCUCCCUCGAUAGAUUGACCUUCUCCUGGCUUCAUAAACUAGAGACCCUUCAUUUGGGUCAUAAUUCUAUAAAGGAAAUCUGUGGAUCCUGGUUUCAAUACACCAAUUCUCUGAAAACUCUGCUGCUGGAGGGGAACCUUCUGAGCUUUCUUAACUCCAGUACGUUUGCUUCAUCUGACCUGAGAAGCUUGGAGACCUUGGAUUUGUCGGACAACCUCAUCUCCUUCGUGGGCCGAGACAGUUUCCGCAACCUGCCGCGUCUCGGGAGUCUGGAUCUCUCACGAAACAGGCUUCAAAAUGUGCCCGAUGCUUUCUCAUAUCUCCUAAGGCUCUCGAUGCUAAACCUGGACCUGAAUCGCUGGAACUGUAGCUGUGAGCUGAGGGAGUUAGCCCGUUUUCUCAACAGCUACAUUCAGUCUCCAGACAAAGUCUUGCACAAUGGGAAGAGGAUGGCGUGCGCUGGUUCAGACAACCCCAAAGUUCAGACAGUGCUGGAGAUAAAUGAGGCUAACUGUAUGCCAGCUAACGGAAACAUGAUGGCGGACAUCAAUGCUACGAGUUCCAUCACAUCUCAGCGCUACACCAGAGACGUUGCCAUUGCUGUUGUCUGUUCAUGCCUGGGUGGUGUUGUGAUUACGCUUGCAAUACUUGCACUUCUACACAGGAAGUUGGGGAAAAGGUUUCGCCCAACGCAGAAGACAAAAGGAGCCGAGGAACCGUCCAGCCAGGCGUGGGACUUCACUGAAGGCAAAGUGGCUCUCUCGAUGUCUUAUGCUCUCCAAAACAGCAACAACCGUGAUCAUCUACAAUGGGACAAAGAGGACACUUCAUCUGGGAGCAGACCCGACACAAUGAGAAACUAUUUCAUUUGCCAAAACUGUGGUUUGACAUCCAGGAGAAAAGCUUUGAAUCAAAGAACUAACAGAGGAAUUCGACCGAAUGUGGAAGAAGAAUGGUCAACCUAUUUGGACAGAUGGAAAGACACCGAUUUCUGUCCAAAAAUCAAAGAUGAAGAUGGAAGCCUUCAAAGACAUAAGGUAAAAAGUGCCAGUGGGUUAAACACUGAUCAUCCCAGACAACGAUCUCCACGAGAAGACACAUCGACACUGAGAAUGCAGCAGAUAGCUCUGAGGAGACACAUGUCAAUUGCCCAAAGACAAACAUUCACCCCAGAAGAGGAACCAAAUGCCAAAAUCUCAACUCACAAGAAUCAUUCCUUCUUCAAGCACCAACAUCGAGGAGGAUAUGGUGUUCUACCAGUUCAGCACCAUCCUCAGACUUACAUGGAUGACAUCCAGGACAAUAUGCCUAGAAAUCAAGAGGAGCAUAUGCUCCCCAGAAGCUCUAAGGUCAUUCUGUACAAAGAUACAUUAAAUUACAACCAGUCCAACAUGGAGCACCAGGAUGGAACCCAAGCUAGAAUCCAGAGAAGCGUAACCUUUGAUUUGUCCAUGGAACGUGCCUUGUAUGUAUCUAGAAAGGAAGGUCCAUACAAAAUCAGCAGGACAAAAAUGUCUGAAGCACUGCAGCCAAAAAGCAAAUCAAGUCCAGGCAAAGAAUCUAAACAAAGAAAAGGGAACGCACAAUCGAGGAAUUCAAAAACUCUUAAACCUAGAUCUCAAAGACAUAGUAAGCUGAAGGUCAAAUUAAAUCUGAACCCUCUCAAAAAAAGUCAGGUUUCUCCAAAGUCUGGUUCUGACUCUGAGGCUAAAGAUGUGAAAAGAACACCAAAAAAGAUCAAGAAAGACAAAUCGCAGAAGAGUGAGGCAAAAAAGGAAAGUGAAGGACAAAAGUCUGGUUCUGACGCUGAGGCUAGAGAUGUGAAAAGAACACCAAAAAAGAUAAAGAAAGACAAACCUCAGAAGAGUGAGAUGAAAAAGCAGAGUGAAGGACAAAAGACUGAAGAAAAAUACACAAAUUCUGAGAAAUCGCAAUGUGAGGAAAGUUCAAUCGAUCCCUUAGAAACUCCGAGUUCUGAAAAGAAUCCAGUGGAAUCCAGUCCACCCGUGCAGACUUCCAAUCUUUCAGCUGAAACCACGGAACAACUUGGUACAAAAAACAUUACACACCACAGUCAAAUCCCAUCCCUGGACCUUAGCCUGGCACUGGGUGCACCAGAAGAUGGUAAAGAAAGUCUUCAGAAAGAGUUUCAAACACCACAAGAUAGAGAAGUACUUCCUGAUGACUCUUUGACCCCAGGGUCCUCAACGGUCUCUGUUGUCCAGGAGUACCUGUCCUCGGGUGAUGGCUCACCGAAGAGAAAAAUUCGCCUGAUUGUACCUGAGAAAAGCUCCAACAGGCCUAAGACUGCACUGGAGAAGAAGAUCAGAUAAAUGU